UGCUGUUCCCGUCUUCCUAAAUUUCAUCCCAACGUAGGUCUUCUGACAGUCGGCUAAAAACAACGAGGCGGAGCACCGUGUGCGAAGAAGUUUUCUUAUUGCGUGCGUGUUAGUUCACCUGUUUGAACGUACGGUACAGCGAUGAAAAAAUUGUUCAUAUUGGCUGUAGGGCUGUUCCUUCUGGCCGGAUUCGUCCGAGCUGAAGAGGACCCCGUUGAAGACGAAGUUGGAACCGUUGAAAACGAUCUUGGGGCUAGUCGAGAAGGAUCGAGAACUGAUGAUGAAGUUGUGAAGAGGGAAGAGGAGGCCAUUAAGAUUGAUGGUCUCAAUGUUGCACAAGUUAAAGAACUUCGGGAAAAGGCUGAGAAGUUUACUUUUCAGACAGAAGUCAAUCGAAUGAUGAAACUUAUCAUCAAUUCGUUAUAUCGUAACAAAGAGAUCUUCCUUAGAGAACUUAUUUCCAAUGCAUCUGAUGCAUUGGAUAAGAUCAGACUGCUUUCUUUAACUGACAAAAAUGUUUUGGAUACAAAUCCAGAACUGAGCAUAAGAAUAAAAGCAGAUAAAGAAAAUAAGAUUCUCAGUAUCACAGAUUCUGGUAUUGGUAUGACUAAACAAGACUUGGUGAAUAACCUUGGAACAAUUGCAAAAUCUGGAACUGCUGAAUUUUUGGGCAAGAUGCAGGAUGCAGCCAAUGCGCAAGAAAUGAAUGAUAUGAUUGGUCAAUUCGGUGUUGGAUUUUAUUCGUCAUUCUUAGUCGCAAACAGAGUUGUUGUCACUACUAAGCACAAUGAUGACAAACAGUACAUUUGGGAGUCUGACAGUUCAAGUUACAGUAUAGUUGAAGAUCCACGAGGAGAUACUCUCAAACGAGGAACUACAAUUAGCUUACACAUGAAAGAUGAAGCACUGGAUUUCCUGGAACAAGAUACUAUCAAAACCCUCAUCAAGAAAUACUCGCAAUUCAUCAACUUCCCAAUUUACUUGUGGUCCAGCAAAAAUAUUCAAGUUGAAGAGGAAUUGGAUGAAGAAGACAAACCUGAGAAGACUGACAGCGAAGAUAAAGAAGUCGAUGAAACAGAAGAUGAAAAGAAAGAUGAAGAAGACGAUGCAAAGGUAGAAGAUGCGGCUGAAGAAGAAAAGAAAACUAAGAAAAUUGACAAAACCGUCUGGGAUUGGGAAUUGUUGAAUGACUCCAAACCAAUUUGGACCUUGAAGCCAUCCGAAGUCACUGAUAAGGAGUACAAUGACUUCUACAAGGCAUUGACAAAAGACAGUCAAGACCCAUUGGCUAAAAUUCACUUCGUUGCCGAAGGUGAAGUGACCUUUAAGGCCCUACUUUUUAUACCCAAAGUACAACCUAGUGAAAGCUUCAACCGUUAUGGUACCAAGGGUGACAAUAUAAAACUCUAUGUCCGAAGGGUAUUUAUCACAGAUGAAUUUAAUGAAAUGAUGCCAAACUACUUGUCUUUCGUGCGAGGUAUUGUAGAUAGUGAUGAUCUUCCAUUGAACGUAUCACGUGAGAAAUUGCAACAGCAUAAGUUAAUCAAAGUAAUAAAAAAGAAGCUAAUUAGAAAAGUCCUAGACAUGAUAAAGAAGAUUCCAAAGGACGACUACGAGCAAUUUUGGAAAGAAUACAGCACUAAUGUCAAACUAGGAGUCAUUGAAGAUCCUCAGAACAGAGCACGACUGUCAAAGCUUCUACAAUUCCGUUCUUCGACACAGAAAGGAAAUACAUUUUUGGCCGACUACGUCGCUCGCAUGAAGCCAAACCAGCAACAUAUCUACUAUAUAGCUGGAAGUUCCUUAGCUGAGGUUCAGAAAUCUCCAUUUGUGGAACGCUUAAACAAAAAGGGCUAUGAGGUCUUGUACUUGACUGAACCAGUCGACGAGUACGCCAUCUCUUCUCUGCCUGAAUUUGACGGAAAGAAAUUCCAAAAUGUAGCGAAGGAAGGUUUCACACUUGAUGAUGGAGAUAAAGCAAAGGAACGCAUGGAAGAACUAAAAUCAACAUUUGAACCUCUUACUAACUGGUUAAACGAUAUCCUGAAGGAUUAUAUCAGCAAGGCUCAAGUAUCUGAGCGUUUAACAGAUUCUCCAAGCGCUCUUGUUGCUAGCAUGUUUGGAUGGACUGGUAACAUGGAGCGAUUAGCCAUCUCCAAUGCCCAUCAAAAGAGUAAUGAUCCACAGAAGACUUAUUAUUUGAACCAAAAGAAGACCCUUGAGAUUAAUCCUAGACAUCCUUUGAUCCGUGAAUUACUACGCCGAGUGGAACAAGACAAAGAUGAUGAAACUGCGAAGGAAAUGGCUCUAAUGAUGUUUCAGACAGCCACUCUUAGGUCAGGAUAUAUGCUACAGCACACAGCAUCCUUCGCAAAAAGUGUUGAGCAAUUAAUGGGAAAAACAUUAGGUAUCCCACUAGAUGAAGCUCCUGAAGAGGAAGAUGACUUUUUGGACAAUGAGUCUACCUCAGAGACUGAAAAAGCAUCAGAUGAAGUCGAUGCUGAUGAAGAUAAAGAUGAAGAGCAUGAUGAAUUAUAAGAAAACUUAAAAAUGUAAGACUAGACUUAUUUACAACUGUGGAAUAUGCUAUACAAUGUAUAGCUGUUUUACAAAUUCCUCACAUUGCAACAUUUUCAUUGCAAAUUUUCGAUUAAUUUCACUACGUAUGAAUAACGGGAGCGUUUCGCAAUUAUUUCAUGUACGCAACAGAGAACGUAAUUGCACUCCGUGAUGCGCGUUUGUUCUCAACGUUUUAUGGGAAUCGGAGGGCUCCAAUUUCGCCUAACGAUGCAGUAGUGACAAUACACUCACUACUAAAAAAUAUACAAACUGAGUUUAUCUUUUUCAUUCGACUGAAGUGAAACAAGAAAAAGUAUGAAAUUUAGCUACAGAAUUUCGUUAUCUGAACGAAACACUUAAUUUAUUUACUUGAUUUGUUCUUCCACUUAGUUCAUAGUAACGCUUACGAGCAUUUAUUGUACGUUACUUAUGUGGUGUGUUUGCGAGAUGUGCGAAUGUAUUUGUAUACAAAAGAUUAAAAAACCAAAUUGUACAAACUGUC